UUUCUAGGAAAAUAAACUUGCGUUUGUAUUGUCAUAAUGGCACCGACGCUAAGGCUUGUUAUUCCGAUAGUCUCAUUUUGGCUGUGCGUUCAUUGCACAGCCAACAUGUGCAAGGCGUUGGCUGUGAAUGAUAAACGGGACCAAACCACCAGAUCACCAUAUGAAGUGCAUGAGCAGUACUUUGGGUCUAGCGCGACCUCAGCCGCAACAACUCAAGCGCCGACUGUGCUUCCAGACACUGUGCGCACAUGGCAAGGUUGCAAGCAGCCUAAUGGGACGCCAUUUGCGGACGGAAAAGGCUGUUUGGUUCAGUUUCCAGUGGUGGCCUGUCCGGACCCAGAGAUUCUUAGCACCCUCUGCCGCGUCGCAGGUCUGACCGCCGCCUUGGUCAGCUGCUCCACAGCCGCUGGGGACUGAAGGCCUUGG